UGCUGCAACAGGCGCGCGCGGCAGCUGGUGGUGCACAUGGUGGUGGUGGUUGAGAACUGGAUCUUUGAACGUAUUUCCGCUAAUACCAAAGUUCCUUGAUCAUUUUCGACCACGGAAGAGUCGAGAUGACUACUAACAGCACAGGUGAACAAACAUCAAUUUCAACUGCCUGUGGAGGAAAUCAGAGCGAUGAAGGGAAGCUCUGGGGUGGUCGCUUCACGGGAGCUACCGACCCUAUAAUGGAACGCUUCAAUUCCUCUUUGCAGCGUGACAAGAUUAUGUUCAAGGAAGAUAUACAAGGUAGCAUUGCGUAUAGUCGAGCAAUUGAGCGCGCUGGACUUCUCACGGCGGAGGAAGCAACUAAAAUCCGUGUUGGAUUGGAAUCCGUACUUCAGGAAUGGACGUCAGGCUCGUUUGUGGUUCACCCUAGCGAUGAAGACAUACACACUGCAAACGAAAGACGACUCAAGGAGUUGAUCGGCGAGGUUGGUGGUAAGCUACACACUGGGCGCAGCCGCAACGAUCAGGUGGCCACGGACACGCGUCUCUGGCUGAGGUCACAUCUCGGUGCUACGGCCACAUGGCUGCUUGACCUCAUCAAGGCGCUGCUGGCCAGAGCUGAGGACACCAAGCAUGUGUUGUGUGCGGGCUACACGCACCUCCAGCGUGCACAGCCUGUGCGCUUUGCUCAUUGGCUGCUCAGUUUUGCCUGGUGGCUGCGUGGUGACCUGCGUCGCCUAGAACAGUGCUACACCAGCACCGACCAAUGCCCCUUGGGUUGUGGGGCGUUGGCGGGUAACCCCUUCAACAUCGACAGGAAGGCUCUGGCAGCUGACCUUGGCUUCUCCUCAGUCAUGCACAACUCCAUGAUGGCGGUGGCAGAUCGAGACUUCGUCGCGGACUACCUGUACUUCGCCACGAUGCUGUGCAGUCACCUAAGUCGGCUCUCUGAAGACCUCAGCCUGUACAGCAGUGCCGAGUUCGGCUACGAGCAGCUUGCGGACGCCUACUCCACGGGCAGCUCCCUCAUGCCGCAGAAGAAGAACCCUGACAGCGUCGAGCUCGUCCGUGGCAAAGCGGCGACUUUCAUAGGACGGCUGACGGGAUUCCUAUGCGUGCUGAAGGGCCUGCCGUCGACCUACAACAAAGACCUGCAGGAGGACAAGGAGGCACUCUUUGACGUGGCCUUCACCCUCACCGACUUGCUUGGUGUCCUCACGGGCGUCGUCACCACUAUGCGCGUGAACACAGAGGCUUGUCGAGCAGCGCUGUCAGAGAGCAUGCUGGCUACGGACAUCGCCUACUACCUCGUCCGGAAAGGGAUGGCUUUUCGUACCGCGCACGGCAAGGCCGGAGAAGUCGUCAAGCUCGCCGAAGAGCUGCAGAAGCCUUUCUCGAGUUUGUCUUUAGACGAGCUCAGGAGUAUAAGUCCACUAUUCACGGCUGACGUGUCGUCCGUGUGGAGUUUCGAGUCGAGCGUGGAGCAGUACAGCUCGGACGGCGGCACCGGCAUGGCGGCGGUGGCGAGGCAGAUGGAACUGCUGCACAGCUUCGUCGAGUCCUUCAAGCUGGGCGCUCAUGUGGAGAAUUUUGCGUCGUAGGCGGCGUAAUCUCCGAGGCGGCCGGCGGCUCACGGAAGCUGCCGAUGUUGUGGGAAACUUCGUAGAAAUCUGGCUCGUCGUCGGUCUUGGGAGGGGCCCCGCCGUCCAGCUGAGUUGAAAAUAUUCAACGUUGUUAAUUAAUCUUACGUUGGUUUGAUGGAAGUGAAUUGCAAUUAAAUGUUUGAUUUCGCCGUUUCUCAUUCAGUUUAAGGAACUGAUACAUUUGUACGGAAAUGAAUCAAAUUCAACGAAAAUUAAAAUGACUUGAAAAUUUUGCCAAGA